AUGUUCGGAGGCAGCUUUCGAAACCUUCUCAGCACCUUUCGCGGCCAAAGACUGAAGGCUGUCUUUCGCCAGAACCCUGAAGAACUGGUUCUAGCUCUUGUCAUUCUCGCCGCUUGCGUUGGCAUCAUCGUCUAUGCAGUCCGACUGUACUUCACAUACUUUUACUCGCAGCAGUUUACACGAUAUCCGGCACCUGUUGCAAAGUCUCUUCGCCGCGCUCUCUACUAUAGUAACUACAGUCCUGACCAUAAGUUGGCGCUCAAAUACUACAAGCUCGCCCUCGAGCAAUGUGACGAAUUACGGCUUGAUCCCUUUUCGGAUGAAGUCAUGGGAAUCAAGAUACAACUCGCAGCAUGGCUUGAAAGGAUAGAGAACUACGAAGGGGCUAUCACCGUUCUAGAAGCUCUGCUGAAGGACUGCAAAAAGUGGGUGGAUGUCAUGGAAACGAGUGUCAAGGAGGGCACUCUUGCAAAGACAAAUGCCUCUCUCCUACCACCGUCCGGCCUACGAGAUGACCCCGACAAAGAACCGGCAGCACCAGAGACCCUGUGGGGAAAGCGAACCAGAGUUCUGGCGAAGUCAGUGGGAAUCGGCGUGAAGUUAGGGGAGCUAUAUGCCGAUGAACAUGUCCUGGAGCAAAACAAGGCGCACAAGAAUCUUACCUGGGCUGUGGAAACAGCUUUGAAAGAGUAUCAAAGACGCACUGUGGACGGCCUUAAGGAAGGUGAAGGUCCUUGGAUGAGUGCAGAGGAUAUGGGAGGAGCCCUCGAGUUGAAUAACCUAGCAGCGUCGUUUGCACAACAUCCUCUUCAAGCGCCAUACGAGACUCUAGUUGGCAUUUUACCUGGAACGGAGACAGACGAUGCUUCAUCGCCACCUGCGCCUCAGAAGCAAACACGAGCUGAGCUCCUAGGCUCUGCGCGCCGAUGGGCAAAGAACGCCUACCAGCACGCCAAAGAACCCACCGGCGAUCAGCGAACGCCUGAAUGCGAUGAAGCUUGCGCAGUCGCUCUCAACAACCUUGGUGACAUCGCCGCCAUGACAGGCAAGGCUGAAGAAGCGCGGAAGAAAUACGAACAGAGCUCAAAACUGAGCCAGAAAAUCGGGUUUACGGACGGCGUGAAGCAAGCAGAGGCUGGCUUGCGACGACUCACGAUGUGA